GGAACCAACGAGCUGGAACAUACGCUUCCUUAAUCAACAGAACUCUGGUUUUGUCACAAUGGGUAUGAGCUGGUCAGUCAGCUAGUGCUGUUGCCUUGUCUGAGCUGGGAGCUGGUCCGAACGGGUCAACCAGCUAUCAGCUGUUUUUUUCCAGCAGGAAGUUGAAGAGAAGCCAGUGACAUUCGGAGUGUAAUGGCGGUUGUCCUCUGUACCACAGAACCCAGUCAGUCCAAAUGCCAGCUGGCCCGUUCCCAGGCCCUGGAGACCAGAGGCCGCAGAGAUGCGCCCGCUGUCUUCGUCCCAGAAUGCACUGCAGAGGGAACCUUCCUGCAGGUGCAGUGUCACAGUCAGACGGGGUACUGCUGGUGCUCCACCACCGAUGGAAAGCCAGUCAGCGGGACCUCCGUUCUGCACCAGAAACCCAACUGCACAGGCCAGUUCUCUGAACCUCAGCUGGAGGCCAAUGUGGAGUCUGCUCACAGAGAGGAGGGGGGCAGAAUGACCCCCACCACUGAGCCUGCUGCUGCCCCGCCCCUCCACACAGCAGAAAUCACCGCCCCUCCCUUCUGGGUGACCAUACUGAUGAACUCUGAACCCAAAGGGAACCGCUCUACCAAGCAGUCCACAGACACUCCCCUGGACUGUGAGCGGGAGCGGGCGGCGCUGUUGGCAGAAGUGCGCCCCAUCUGGCAGGAGGACCGUUUUGUUCCAGACUGCAGUGCUGAAGGGCAGUACAGCCCGGUGCAGUGCCACAGAGCCACAGGCUACUGCUGGUGUGUGAGGACUGACACAGGACGCCCCCUACCAGGGACCUCCACUAGGAACAGGCUUCCAGACUGCAGGACAGACAGACCGCUGGAUAGCCUGCCAGACAGGGGCUACACAGGCCGAGCUCUGCCUGGUUGUCCUGGUGCUCGUAAGAAGGAGUUUCUGCAGAGUUUGGCUCAAGCACUCCAGCUAUGGGUCUCUGACCCUGGAGGAGUAACCGGUCCUCACCGGAUGGAGGAUUUACCCCCGGCGGGGUCAGAGUGGCCUUCCCCGGGCGUCUCCUCUGAGCGCGAUGCGUGGGUCUCCGGCGGACCAGAGGGGGCGCUGCGCUGGCACUUCCUGCGCCUGGACGCCGACGGUGACGGGGCGCUGAGCGACCGCGAGGCCCGACCGCUCCGUCACUUCCUGCGCGGCCGGCUCCGCCCCCGCCGGUGCGCCAAGAGGUUCACCCGCUACUGCGACCGCAACCGCGACCGCGGCCUGAGCCUGGAGGAGCUCAUGGCCUGCCUGGGACCGUGAGUCACGCUCUCCAGUGAGAGAGCAGAAGAGAGGCUCUUUUCAUUCUGGAGGGUGGCUGGCACUCAGA